AUGCUUUUACUUCAGCAGCUAAAAAUACACCAGCGAACAGAGGUAAGGGGCGCAGCAAGCAGCCCCGACCAGGAAUUCUCCAUCUGGUCAUUCAUCAUCUUCACUUCACCAGCCCUCGUUGGGGCUCUCCUCCUCGUCCUCGUCCUCGUCAUCGGCCUCCUGGCCCCGCAGGCCCCGGAACGCCUGGCGGAGGAAGGCGGCGCGUUCGGGGGUCAGGGGGGCCAGGCCGGCCUGCACCUCUCCCUCCUGGGUAGCGUCGCCGGCUGCGAGGACCUGCUGCAUAGACCGCACAGCAGGGGUGAUUCGGGCUCCGUUGACUCGAGCCACUUGGGUGAGCUCCCCAAGGGCACCGGCAGUGCUCAGCUGCACGGUGGCGUUGCCGCGGCGAUUGUUGUUGUCGCCGUCUUCCAUCUCGCCGACGAGGUUGGCGGCCAUGAGAUUGUUGGGCAGGGUGGCGGCGGUGGCCUGCUCCAUUUGCUGGGCUUCAGCUUCGCCAUUGACCAGGCGGCGUGGAUCGGGCUGACGGACAACCGUGGCUUGGUUGCGAUCGGCCUGGCCACCCUCAGGGUUGGCGGUGUUGGUUUCGUUGUUGUCAGGCAUCUCGCUCAGAUCCGACAGGCGACCAUCAAGUUCAGCGCCGAAUGCUUCAACGGCAGUCCGCUUUCGGGUCUGGCCGAUCUCGUUGUCCGAGUUUUCAUUGUUGUUGUUGUCAGACAUGAUGGCAUCGCUAGGGCCUUUUAUUAA